AUGCACAAGACCAGCGUGCUCCCGGCGUUGCAGAUCUGGGCGUCGACCUCCACCGUGAACGUGGAUGGGCGCACGGAGCAGGUGCAAACCUACGCCCUGACCUCCAGUCCUGUUGCGUGGUCCCACGUGAACACCCUUUCCUUCCUGCCCCUUGAUCGACUGUCCACUGGCAGUGCUAUGACUGGGAGACCCAUAGGGCUGGGUCCAGGAGGGGCAGAGCAGGCAGCAGGCAGAGAGGUGGUGUUGGCCAUGGGCAGGGAAUGUGUACUCUUCCUGAGGCCCCGUUGUUUGUGCCCCGAGGUCUCUGGCCAUGCUGGGUACGGCCUCACAGAUGGGCUUUGCCCCGGAGAUGUCAUUCUCAAUGCCCAGCCCAUCGUCUGUGGGCCGGGCAUUGAUAUCCGUAACGACUAUCAGCAGCUCAAGCGCCUGGAGAAUUGCACGGUGAUCGAGGGCUACCUCCACAUCCUGCUCAUCUCCAAGGCAGAGGACUACCGCAGCUACCGCUUCCCCAAGCUCACGGUCAUCACUGAGUACUUGCUGCUGUUCCGCGUGGCCGGCCUCGAGAGCCUCGGGGACCUCUUCCCGAACCUCACGGUCAUCCGUGGCUGGAAACUCUUCUAUAACUACGCCCUGGUCAUCUUUGAGAUGACCAACCUCAAGGAUAUUGGGCUUUACAAUCUGAGGAACAUUACCCGAGGGGCCAUCAGGAUUGAGAAAAAUGCCGACCUCUGUUACCUCUCCACGGUGGACUGGUCCCUGAUCCUGGAUGCGGUGUCCAAUAACUACAUCGUAGGGAACAAGCCUCCAAAGGAGUGCGGAGACCUGUGUCCAGGGACGAUGGAGGAGAAGCCGCUGUGCGAGAAGACCACCAUCAACAACGAGUACAACUACCGCUGCUGGAGCACCAGCCGCUGCCAGAAAAUGUGCCCGAGCGCGUGCGGGAAGCGGGCGUGCACCGACAACAACGAGUGCUGUCACCCCGAGUGCCUGGGCAGCUGCAGCGCGCCGGACAACGACACGGCCUGCGUGGCCUGCAAGCAUUACUACUACGCCGGCGUCUGCGUGCCCACCUGCCCGCCCAACACCUACCGCUUUGAGGGCUGGCGCUGCGUGGACCGCGACUUCUGCGCCAACAUCCCCAGCGCUGAGAGCAGCGACUCCGAGGGGUUCGUGAUCCACGACGGGGAGUGCAUGCAGGAGUGCCCCUCAGGGUUCAUCCGGAACGGGAGUCAGAGCAUGUACUGCAUCCCUUGUGAAGGUCCUUGCCCCAAGGUCUGUGAGGAGGAGAAGAAGACAAAGACCAUUGAUUCUGUUACGUCUGCUCAAAUGCUCCAAGGAUGCACCAUCUUCAAGGGCAACUUGCUCAUUAAUAUCCGCCGAGGCAAUAACAUUGCCUCGGAGCUGGAGAACUUCAUGGGGCUCAUCGAGGUGGUGACAGGCUAUGUGAAGAUCAGCCAUUCCCAUGCCUUGGUCUCCUUGUCCUUCCUAAAAAACCUUCGCCACAUCUUAGGAGAGGAGCAGCUAGAGGGGAACUACUCUUUCUAUGUCCUCGACAACCAGAACCUGCAGCAGCUCUGGGACUGGGGCCACCGCAACCUGACCAUCAAAGCCGGGAAGAUGUACUUUGCUUUCAAUCCCAAGUUGUGCGUCUCUGAAAUUUAUCGCAUGGAGGAGGUGACCGGGACAAAGGGGCGCCAGAGCAAAGGGGACAUCAAUACCAGGAACAACGGAGAGCGAGCCUCCUGUGAAAGCGACGUCCUGCACUUCACCUCUACGACAACGUGGAAGAACCGCAUCAUCAUAACCUGGCACCGGUACCGGCCCCCGGACUACCGGGACCUCAUCAGCUUCACCGUCUACUACAAGGAGGCACCUUUUAAAAACGUCACGGAGUAUGAUGGCCAGGACGCCUGUGGCUCCAACAGCUGGAACAUGGUGGACGUGGACCUCCCUCCCAACAAGGACGUCGAGCCCGGCAUCCUGCUGCUUGGACUGAAGCCCUGGACGCAGUAUGCCGUCUACGUCAAGGCAGUGACCCUCACCAUGGUGGAGAAUGACCACAUCCGCGGGGCCAAGAGUGAAAUCUUGUACAUUCGCACCAAUGCUUCAGUUCCUUCCAUUCCCUUGGAUGUUCUUUCGGCAUCAAACUCCUCUUCUCAGCUCAUUGUGAAGUGGAACCCACCAUCACUGCCCAACGGCAACCUGAGUUACUACAUCGUGAGGUGGCAGCGGCAGCCCCAGGACAGAUACCUGUACCGGCACAACUACUGCUCCAAAGACAAAAUCCCCAUCAGGAAGUAUGCCGAUGGCACCAUUGACGUGGAGGAGGUGACCGAGAACCCCAAGACUGAAGUGUGCGGCGGCGAGAAGGGGCCCUGCUGCGCCUGCCCCAAAACCGAGGCCGAGAAGCAGGCCGAGAAGGAGGAGGCUGAGUACCGCAAAGUCUUCGAGAACUUCCUGCACAACUCCAUCUUUGUGCCCAGACCUGAAAGGAAGCGGAGAGAUGUCACGCAAGUCACCAACACCACCAUGUCCAGCCGAAGCAGGAACACCACGGUGGCUGACACCUAUAAUACCACAGACCCAGAAGAGCUCGAGACAGAAUACCCUUUCUUUGAGAGCAGAGUGGACAACAAGGAGAGAACUGUAAUCUCUAACCUCCAGCCUUUCACUUUGUACCGCAUUGACAUCCACAGCUGUAACCACGAGGCCGAGAAGCUGGGCUGCAGCGCCUCCAACUUUGUUUUUGCAAGAACCAUGCCUGCAGGCCCGGCUGGCAGGCGUCCUUCAUGCCCACGUCACAAAGAUGCGUUUGCCGUGUGCGGACGCAGACUUGGAAGGAUCUUGCUGCCCCCACCUCUGCUCGCAGGGCGCCUUUUUGAUGCUGCUUCUGUUGGGCAGCAUCACAUGGUCUCUUUUCCCAGCGAAGGAGCAGAUGACAUUCCUGGGCCGGUGACCUGGGAGUCAAGGCCUGAAAACUCCAUCUUUUUAAAGUGGCCGGAACCUGAGAAUCCCAAUGGACUGAUUCUAAUGUAUGAGAUAAAAUACGGAUCACAAGUCGAGGACCAGCGGGAGUGCGUAUCCAGACAGGAGUACCAGAAGUACGGAGGCGCCAAGCUCAACCGGCUCAACCCGGGGAACUACACGGCCCGGAUCCAGGCCACCUCUCUCUCUGGGAACGGGUCGUGGACGGAUCCCGUGUUCUUCUAUGUCCCUGCCAAAAUAACGUAUGAAAAUUUCAUCCACCUGAUCAUCGCCCUGCCCGUCGCCGUCCUGCUGAUAGUUGGGGGACUGGUCAUCAUGUUGUACGUCUUCCACAGAAAAAGAAAUAACAGCAGGCUGGGGAAUGGAGUGCUGUAUGCUUCUGUGAACCCAGAGUACUUCAGCGCCGCGGAUGUGUAUGUCCCUGACGAGUGGGAGGUUGCCCGGGAGAAGAUCACCAUGAGCCGUGAGCUGGGGCAGGGCUCGUUCGGGAUGGUCUACGAAGGAGUUGCCAAAGGCGUGGUUAAAGACGAGCCGGAAACCAGGGUGGCCAUCAAAACGGUGAACGAGGCCGCGAGCAUGCGCGAAAGGAUUGAAUUUCUCAACGAGGCUUCAGUGAUGAAGGAGUUCAAUUGUCACCAUGUGGUGCGGUUGCUGGGUGUGGUGUCCCAGGGCCAGCCGACGCUGGUCAUCAUGGAACUGAUGACACGGGGUGACCUCAAAAGUUAUCUCAGGUCCCUGAGGCCAGAAAUAGAGAAUAACCCAGUCCUAGCACCUCCGAGCCUGAGCAAGAUGAUCCAGAUGGCUGGAGAGAUUGCGGACGGCAUGGCAUACCUCAACGCCAACAAGUUUGUCCACAGGGACCUUGCCGCCCGGAACUGCAUGGUGGCUGAAGAUUUCACGGUCAAAAUUGGAGAUUUCGGUAUGACAAGAGAUAUCUACGAGACGGACUAUUACCGGAAAGGAGGCAAGGGGCUGCUGCCUGUGCGCUGGAUGUCACCCGAGUCCCUCAAGGAUGGGGUCUUCACCACUCACUCUGACGUCUGGUCCUUCGGGGUCGUUCUCUGGGAGAUCGCCACGCUGGCCGAGCAGCCGUACCAGGGCUUGUCCAACGAGCAAGUCCUUCGCUUCGUCAUGGAAGGCGGCCUUCUGGACAAGCCGGACAACUGCCCCGACAUGCUGUUUGAGCUGAUGCGCAUGUGCUGGCAGUACAACCCCAGGAUGAGGCCCUCCUUCCUGGAGAUCAUCAGCAGCGUCAAGGACGAGAUGGAGCCCGGCUUCCGGGACGUGUCCUUCUACUACAGCGAGGAGAACAAGCCGCCUGAGCCGGAGGAGCUGGACCUGGAGCCGGAGGACAUGGAGAGCGUCCCCCUGGACCCCUCCGCCUCCUCGUCCUCCCUGCCGCUGCCCGACAGACACUCAGGACACAAGGCCGAGAACGGCCCGGGCCCGGGCGUGCUGGUGCUCCGAGCCAGCUUCGACGAGAGACAGCCUUACGCGCACAUGAACGGGGGACGCAAGAACGAGAGGGCCUUGCCUCUGCCCCAGUCUUCGACCUGCUGAUCCUCGGAUCCCGGAUCCCGUGCAAACAGUAACGUGUGUGCACGCUCGGCGGCGGGUGGGGGGUGGGGGGGAGAGUGUUCACAAUCUAUUCACAGCCUCCUGUACCUCAGUGGAUCUCCAGAACUGCCAUUGCUGCCCGCGGGAGACGGCUUCUCUGCAGUAAACACAUUCGGGACGUUCCUUUUUUCAAUAUGCAAGCAGCUUUUUAUUUCCCUACCCGAACCCUUAACUGACAUGGGCCUUUAAGAACCUUAAUGACAACACUUAAUAGCAACAGAACACUUGAGAAUCGAGUCUCCUCACUCUUUCCCUGUCUCUCCUCUCAUUAUCUGUCUCCUUCCCUCUCCUCUCCUUCCUCCCUCCCUCUCUCAAUCUCGCUCUCUCACCUUUCUCUUUCUUUCUGCUUCAUAAUGGAAAAACAUUUGCCGCAAGCCCAGCUGGGACGCCCUUUUGAUCAGAUCGAGGAAACUGGCUGUCCCUCCCUGUGGCCCCCCCCCAUUGCCCCUGUAACACACCUGCCUGUCACCGUAGGUCUUUAUAAAAAACAAAACAAAACAAAACACCUUGAGACGGAAUUUUUUUAACUGUAUCUUUGACCUUUUUAGGGACAUACAAGAUUUAAAAAGGGCCAUCAUUCAUUCGAGGUUGUCACCAUUUUAACGCUGCCAAAUUCUGCCAAAACCCCGAACUUCCUCCUCACAACCCCCCGCACUUGUCUCCGUGUUUCCAGAGGUCCGGGGCGAGCAUGGUAUUAAGUCACACCGUUCAAGAGCCACGCAGAUGAUGCGCUCCAUCUGGUCGCCCCUGGUGUUCUUUUCAAGUCUUACGUUCACACAGGUCUGAUCGCUUUCUGACUAGGCUGUUAUUUGGGGGAAGUGGACGGGAAUGGGAUUUUUUCUCUCCGUGAAGACUGGGAGAAGCCAAACCCGGCUACCCUGCCCCUCUUCCCCACCCCCACCCUAGCCCUCCCUUCAUCCCCCACCCCCGCCCCAGAAUUGUGGAGAAAACAGGCCCUGUCAGGAGCCUGGAAGACAGGCUUUGAGUAAAGGUCCACGUGCCAGUCUCCUGUCCCCCCACCUCGCCGGCACCCCUGCUCCCAGCCCCCAGGACACAGAUGGGAAGGGGUUUCAAGGGACUCAGCCCAACUGUUUAUGCAGGUUUGCAAGGAAAAGAAAUUCAACCACCACCACAACAGUAAGAAGAAAAGCAGUAAAUGGAUUCAAGCAUUCUAAGCUUUGUUGACAUUUUCUCUGUUACUAGGACUUCUUCAUGGUCUUACAGUUCUAUGUUAGACCAUGAAACAUUUGCAUACACAUCGUCUUUAAUGUCACUUUUAUAACUUUUUUACGGUUCAGAUAUUCAUCUAUACGUCUGUACAGAAAAAAAAAAAGCUGCUAUUUUUUUUGUCCUCUAUCUUUGUGGAUUUAAUCUAUGAAAACCUUCAGGUCUACCCUUCUUCCCUCUGCUCACUCCAAGAAACUUCUUUCUUAUGCUUUGUACUAGAGUGCGUGACUUUCUUCCUCUCUUCCUAGUAAUCGAUACUUCUCAAACAUAAUUUGCCAUGAACUGUUUGAUGCCUUUUUAUAAAUACACCCUCCCCUUCCCUCUCCCCUGCCCCUUAGUUGCGUUCUCACCCGUAGGCUCUGUGGGCACGAGGCUGGCUAGGGAGGCCGGCGCCCCCCACCGCCCGGCCUGUGCUCUCGCAACGCAGGAGUCUGUUACAGUGCAAGACGUGAGCAAACUCAGGUCAGAAAACAAAAGGUUAAAUACGUCACACAUCGUCCUUCAGUGUUUCUAGUCACCGUUGUCGGAGAGUCUCACCUCUUUCCCUCACCUUCGUUUUGGUUGUGACACACAUAUCUCUAUUUUUUUAAUUCCUGGGUACAACAGCAGUUUGAGCUGCAGAUGCUAGGCGUUUGGAUUACUUUUUUUUUUUUUUUUACGGCUAUUUAAUCCUUCCAUCCCAUGACAAACAGCUGCUGAGUCCAAGGGUGCAGCGGAGCGGGGUCCGGAGGGCCCCUCCGUGGUCUCCGCUGCCGCCCUCCAGACCCACCUCCCCGUCUCCAGAUCCAGAAAGUCCCAGGGGGCCUCCGGGGCACUGGCGGGGAGGGGGCGGCGUGGGCGGCUCCUCAGGGCCUCAGCCAGGCACGCCCCCCACCCAGACCCCUGCCAGGGUUGGGCGCCCACGGACACCGUGGUGGCUGGUGGCCCAAUGGCCCCGGAGCCUGGUGCGCUCCCGGUGGGGGGGGGGGGGGGGGGGCGGGAGCCCUGGCACCGGCUCGCUUCUCCUUGGCCAAGAAUCCCAGUCCUCGGGGCCCGGGGGUCUUGUUUUGUUUAGUUUUUAGCACUUCUCACCAAGUGAUGACAGCACCCGAGUUGCUUCUGGGAUGGAAAUGUUUAAAGUACGAGAAAGAAGAAAGCUAAAGUCUGAUGGUUGCUAGUCGUGACUGGAGAUGAAACACGAGAAAGCGAGCAUGUCGCGCUUUUUCCAGUCGGUGGCUUCAGUCCUGUGAUAUUCUCUAGCCUCUGCCCCAUAGUUGUUUUCCCUUUAAAAAAAAAAAAAAACU